UUUCCGCACUGCCUCAGAGUCCAUUGACACAUCGGUGUUUCCCGUCGCGAGCAUCGACCAAACACCAGUAGCUUAUUGCGUUGAACUAUUUAUUUUUUACUUCUCAAUAAUUAAAUUUGACUGAAGUGCUUCUAGGAGUCGAACGUACGUCGCGUUCACAUCCAAGGCUUCUUGUUUCGCCCUGACAUAGGGUUAGCUAACUGCUACUCAAUGUUAGCCUAGGCAAGGACGUAAAUUAGUUUUGCACCUCACUGUUUGCCCCACAACUAUCCAAAAAAUUGAUUCAUUUUGCUAAUAAGUUUCUCAUAAGACAUACUGGUGUUUGAGCGCAACGCCAAAUCCAGUGUUACAGUUGUGCGAGCUGUCGAAGAACGGUAAAAUCUGUCACACUGCUGGAGUUUUUGCUCCUUGAAAAAGACAGCUGACACUAUAUGUUCCCAAAAUGAUGGACUUUGACAACGUUCUGUCAAUCGCCACCCAAAACAAGGGCGUCGGCAUGACGCAGAAAAGGUAUAGUUUACAAGCUGGUCCCCCUAAAAAGGACCCAAAGUCAAAAGGGGUAAAUCCUGCUGCUGUGCAGGCACUCCUGAGCCAGCGACAACGUGAGGCCAGAGUGAAAGAGAUUGAAUUGAAGAAACUGAAGGAGGAUCUUCUCGCAAAAAGGGUUGAGCUGAAGUCGGAUCGUAAAGCAAGAGCCAUGGCUUCUAGGACAAAAGAUAAUUUCAGGGGUUACAACGGCGUUCCAGUGGUGGAUGUUCCAAAGAAGACAAGGUCAAAGCAGGAAAUGGAAGGGGACCAAAAAGAGAGUGAAGGAAAAUUUAGAAAUUAUUGUGUUGACCCAGAGGAUGAUGAAGAUAAUUAUGAGUAUGAGCAGACAGAUUCUGAGCCCGAUCAAGAUCCAGAAGCUCUAAGACCCGGCAAAGAUUCAGGUUUAGGCAGAAGCAGUAGAACCUCUCCUAAAAAAUCUAGUGGUGCUCCCAAGUCUGCUCCACCGCGCAUGAACUUUGCAGACUUGCUGAAAUUGGCAGAGAAGAAGCAGCAUGAGCCGGUGGAGGUAAAGGGAAAGGUGGUAGUGAAGGAAGAAAGGCUGCGCACAGCUGAAGAGUUAAAGGAGCUAGAGAUGGAGCGCAGAGCCAAGAGCCGCGGCAAAGACUCGAAGACAAACAGAGAACACAAGCCUCAGUCUAGUACUCUACGCAAAAAUGUGCCUGAUAAAGAGCCAAAAAAUUGUAAACCACAAAAGAGUUUAUCGCAAAAACCAGAUCAGUCCAAUGGGAUAACAAAAAAAUCUGUCGUGACACCUUCAAAGGUCAGCGCUGGUGAAAGAGACAGACCCAAGAUUCAAAAUCCUUCAAAAGCUACUUCCUGUCAGGUUUCAGCCAAACAGGGGGGGCCUAAGCCCUCAUCUAGUCAUGCAUUCGUAAUUUCAAGUGACCUUCGAAUAAAAAAGAAUAGCACUUUAUCUGUUCAAGGACGACCUUCGGGCAUGCCUCCGUCCAAGCCUCAUGCUCUGUCUGGCAGAGAUCUCAAGCCUUCAAAUAGUAACCCAACAAAAAACAGACCUACACAAGGUAGCUCACUAAGGCAGGAGCGCCCAGUUUUAGGAAAGGGAGAACCACCAAGUUUUGCAAGCAAACCUGCAGAGAAAUCAAGUGGCCAUUCGAUGGUCAGACCCUCCUCCAGUGGGCGCCCAAAAGAAGGGAACCAACUUCAGUCAAGGCCAGGAGGCACAUUGCAGCCAAAGGCUUUUGCUAGUGGCUUACAAGGUCACCCCGCAGGUAGGGGAGGCCGGCCACCGGGUUUCGGACAGGGUCGAAACUCUGUCGGAGGGCCAGGGAUCGGGGCGGGUCGAGCACCUAGCGGAGGACCCCUUGUCAACAGGCAACCCUCAGGCAACUCUGGAUCGGGACCCGGGAGACCCAAGUGUACUGUAGUGUCUGAGACCAUCUCAUCCAAAAAUUUUAGCGGAGCCAGACCUGGAGUUCCUCCUCGGCCAGGGAUACCACAAAGACCUGGCGUGGCCCCAAGACCAGGAGGUCCACCCAGACCUCUGAACAGACCACCAGCGACAACACUACCACCCAUCACCAUUGCAUACAAAAGAAAAUAUGAGGAGGAAGACGAAUCUGAUUCCGAAAUGGAUGACUUCAUCGAUGACGGCGGUGAUGAGCAGGCAGAGGUUUCCAAACACAUUAAGGAAAUCUUUGGUUAUGACCGAAACAAAUACAAAAACGAAAGUGAUUAUGCGCUCAAAUUUAUGGAGAGCAGCUGGCGAGAUCUGCAGAAAGAAGAAGCCAGGAGUCUGAAAUUGGCUGUUCAAGAGGAUAUGGAGGAGGAAAAAAAAGAGCAAGAGGAGAUGAAAAGGAUGAAUGCCAAGAGGAAAAGAAUGAACUGAAAUACAAAAGAUUGUUGUAAUGGAAAAGAAAGACUCCAUUUGCCUGGACAGCAAUAGGGCAACGUCUGUGAUGUCAUUUCAUGGAAAGCACGGUGGCACGCACAUGAAUUUUAUUGGACCCUUGUUUGUUAUUUUCACUUUCUCCCAUUGUUUUCACAAUCAUUGAAAGAAGUGAUACAUGACAUUGACAACAGAGGGACCUCGGAGGACACAGAUUUUGCGUGAACUCAAUCAAGAAAUAACUUUUAAAAAUCAAAUAUGCACAAUUCAUCCCUACGCUAAAUGCAAGUGACAUUUUCCCUUCUUUCUCCCCAUUAUUUAUUUCCUUCCGUUAAAAGCGAGAGUCCCAUUUUCAAAAGCAAAUUCAGUUUAAAAAGUAAGAAGAAGAGUGUUUUUGUUGGAAGCAGGCAUACAGUGCCAGUGAGAUAUAUUUUUGGAUAGCUGUACCAUAUUUCACACGAAUUUGGAUUGUAAAUACAUAAAGAAAUGUGUAAUUUUCUUUCUUUGUAAAAUAUUUUGAAACAG